UUUGCGCCUGCACAUAUUUUUAUUUAACUUUCCUGCAAUUCUUUUUGUUAACAAUAAGAUUUCUUAAAAAAUUAGCAGGAAAUCAAUUCAUAAUUAUGUUACAUGUAUUGCGUACAUAUACAUAUGUAUAUUGUCAAAUAUGUUACGAUAUGCAAUAUAUUGAGUAUUUAAUAUUUACUAAAGUAUUACCAAGCAUUGGUUCUUUUGUGUAAACGCAAGUUGUAAUUUACAACUAUAGUGUCAAAUAUACCUAAGUAUAACACCUUGGCGUAAUCGGAUGUCUUGAAAAUUUCUCCUACAUCAGUCGAUCUUCAUUGCGUCCAUUUAUUAAAAAAUCCUUUACACUCUCUUUGCCAUCAGGGUCCAAUUUGACAGCAAGUGUAAAACACAGAAAUCUACGCCUACUAAACACAAGAAAAAGCUCAGCGGCGUUACGCAUGCGCAAUGCAUGUUUCGUGCAACAGAUCGGACAUGCUAAGACCAUGCUAUUGAAUUUUCUUUAACCCAGCUAUAUCUUUCUUUUCGUGCUAUAGUUUCGCGAAAAUUAACAGAGCAUGCGUUGUCUUAAUUGUUAAUGCUUUUUAAUGCACUUUUAUUUGCGAAAAAAAACUGUUAGUGUAACAAUUUUCAAAGUGUUGUUUGGUUUUUUGAAGUAAUUGGUUGGUUGGACACACGCCAUGGACUAGUGAUUCAUGCUACGUAAGUUCAGUUAAAUGCAUGUAUGCCAAGCAUAUAGACGCAUCUAUAAGCAAUGUGAAUAUUGCAAAUAAUUAUGGAAACUGCUGCAAAGGAAAGGAGAAAGCGCACUUUCUGGAAUGAAGCGACCGAAGCUUUCUUUGUCGAUUUAUGGGAGCAACAACUUGACCAAUUGCUCGGUGCGAAGAAAAAUACUCAUGUUUACCAGGAGAUGUCCGACGAGUUGGCUAAAUACGGCAUGGAACUGUCUAUGCUCGAUGUCAAAUACAAAAUAGCCAACUUGACUGCUAAGUACAGAAAAUGCAGUAUGGACUUAGCAACAUCCAGUGCACCGGUAGCGUGGCCAUUAUACGACCAGGUGCACAGAAUAAUCAGCCGUAAAUCUGCCAACGUUACCGAUGCCGCUUCUGAAGAGAGCAUGGAGCAAAAAGUUCCCGUUAACUUAGAAGCUUUUUUGACUCCGCUGGCGGCGCCUUUGUCCUCGCCUUCCUUCGAUUCCCACGGUUUCACGUCGCCUCCGCCAUAUAGCACACAAUUGCCGGCGUCUACAAGUGUGCACACGUCGAAAAAACAAAACUCAGAAAAAAUAAUUUCGAUGUGCGAAAGCUUGAAGGCAUCGGCCGAAGAGAAAAACCAACUUAUGAGAGAAAUGGUCAAAGUGGAAAGGGAGAAGUUGGAAGUUUUGAAAGAUUUGCGCGAUGACAAUAAGAAACUUACACAAGCAAUAAUUGACUACUUGAGUCGAAAGCAGUAAUCUUUUUAUUUAUAAGUAAUUAUUUACUAAGUUCUUGUUUUUAAUGUUAUUAAUUUAAGUUAUUUGAUUUGAACUCGAUAUCUUAAACUCUAGACUUUGCUAAGUCGGUGAUGCAGCAGGUUUACGAUAUAUUAAAGUAAAUUGUAAGAAUCGCUUUUUAUUAAAUUUGUUUUUGUAGAGAUGUGCAUUGAGUGUGCUUAGAACUGAUUUUACUGUUAGACCGUUAAAUAUCGAUAGCAUCUACGAUGUUUCACGUUGAAGUCCUUUUAUUAGUUAAAAUGAGCUAUGAUAUUUGUAAGCUUUAGAUAAUAAAUAAAAAAUACUUUAAUUUAUAAUUUCGAAUAAACUAUUUUACUAGAAACAUCAGUUUUACAUU